GUCGUCGUCGUCUGGAAGAGAGAAGAGGACGUGGGUGGUCGUCGUCGUCGUCGGGAAGAGAGAAGAGGACGUGGGUGGUCGUCGUCGUCUGGAAGAGAGAAGAGGACGUGGGUCGUCGUCGGGAAGAGAAGAGGACGUGGGUCGUCGUCGUCGUCGUCGGGAAGAGAGAAGAGGAUGUGGGUCGUCGUCGUCGGGAAGAGAGAAGAGGACGUGGGUCGUCGUCGUCGGGAAGAGAGAAGAGGACGUGGGUCGUCGUCGUCGGGAAGAGAGAAGAGGACGUGGGUCAUCGUCGUCGUCGGGAAGAGAGAAGAGGACGUGGGUCGUCGUCGUCGGGAAGAGAGAAGAGGACGUGGGUCGUCGUCGUCGGGAAGAGAGAAGAGGACUUGGGUCGUCGUCGUCGUCGUCUGGAAGAGAGAAGAGGACGUGGGUCGUCGUCGUCGGGAAAAGAGAAGAGGACUUGGGUCGUCGUCGUCGUCGUCGUCGGGAAGAGAGAAGAGGACGUGGGUCAUCGUCGUCGUCGUCGGGAAGAAAGUAGAGGACGUGGGUCAUCGUCAUCGUCGUCGGGAAGAGAGAAGAGGACGUGGGUCGUCGUCGUCGGGAAGAGCGAAGAGGACGUGGGUCGUCGCCGGGAAGAGAGAAGAGGACGUGGGUCGUCGUCGUCGUCGGGAAGAGAGAAGAGGACGUGUGUCAUCGUCGUCGUCGGGAAAGAGAGAAGAGGACGUGGGUCAUCGUCGUCGUCGUCUGGAAGAGAGAGGAGGACGUGGGUCAUCGUCGUCGUCGUCUGGAAGAGAAAAGAGGACGUGUGUCAUCGUCGUCGUCGGGAAAGAGAGAAGAGGACGUGGGUCAUCGUCGUCGUCGUCUGGAAGAGAGAGGAGGAUGUGGGUCAUCGUCGUCGUCGUCUGGAAGAGAAAAGAGGACGUGGGUCUUCGUCGUCUGGAAGAGAGAAGAGGACGUGGGUCGUCGUCUGGAAGAGAGAAGAGGACGUGGGUCGUCGUCUGGAAGAGAGAAGAGGACGUGGGUCGUCGUCUGGAAGAGAGAAGAGGACGUGGGUCGUCGUCUGGAAGAGAGAAGAGGACGUGGGUGGUCGUCGUUGUCGUCGUCGGGAAGAGAGAAGAGGACGUGGGUCGUCAUCGUUGUCGUCGGGAAGAGAGAAGAGGACGCGGGUCGUCGUCGUCGCCAUCGGGAAGAGAGAAGAGGACGCGGGUCAUCGUCAUCGCCGUCGCCAUCGGGAAGAGAGAAGAGGACGUGGGUCAUCGUCGUCGCCGUCGCCGGGAAGAGAAGAGGACGCGCAUCGCCGCCGUCGUCAUCGCCGGGAAGAGAAGAGGACGCACAUUGCCGUCGUCGUCAUCGUCGCCGGGAAGAGACGAGGACGCGCAUUGCCGUCGUCGUCGUCGCCGCCGGGAAGAGACGAGGACGCGCAUUGCCGUCGUCGUCGUCGCCGCCGGGAAGAGACGAGGACGCGCAUUGCCGUCGUCGUCGUCGUCGCCGGGAAGAGAAGAGGACGCGCAUUGCCGUCGUCGUCGCCGUCGCCGGGAAGAGAAGAGGACGCGCAUCGCCGCCGUCGUCAUCGUCGUCACCAUCGCCGGGAAGAGAAGAGGACUUGCAUUGCCGUCGUCGCCGUUGUCGUCGUCGCCGGAGAAGAAGAGGACAUUGGUCGUCGUCGUCAUCGUGGAGAAGAGAGAAGAGGACGUGGGUCGUCAUCGUCAUCGUGGAGAAGAGGGAAGAGGACGUGGGUCGUCAUCGUCAUCGUGGAGAAGAGAGAAGAGGACGUGGGUCGUCAUCGUCAUCGUGGAGAAGAGAGAAGAGGACGCGGGUCGUCAUCGUCAUCGUGGAGAAGAGAGAAGAGGACGUGGGACGUCAUCGUCAUCGUGGAGAAGAGGGAAGAGGACGUGGGUCGUCAUCGUGGAGAAGAGAGAAGCGGACGUGGGUCGUCAUCGUCAUCGUAAAGAAGAGAGAAGAGGACGUGGGUCGUCGUCGUCAUCGGUGAGAAGAGAGAAGAGGACGUGAGUCGUCAUCGUCAUCGUGAAGAAGAAAGAAGAGGACGUGGGUCGUCGUCAUCUGGAAAAGCUAAGAGGAUUUGAAUCGUCGUCCUCGCCAUUGGGAAGGGAUAAUAGGAUUGUAGAUGUGAAUGACCGUCCUUGUCGUCGUCGGUAAGGGGAGAUGGACUUGAAUCGCCGUUGUUGUCGUCGUCGGUAAAGAGGAAAAGCUUGAAUCGCCGUUAUCGUCGGCAAGGGAUGGAGAGAGAGGAUGUCUUUUUCCACGUUGUCGAUAAGAAAUUGGUAGACGUUGAUCGCCAUCGUAGGGAAUGUAGAAGAUUGCUGUCGUCGUUGGUAUAGGAGGAGAGGACGUGGGCUGCUGUUGUUUUAUUUUUUAUUAUUAGGAAAGUAUUCCGACGUGAGAAUCGUUAGAACAUGAAAAAAUCAAUGGAAAGUGUCGACUGACUAGGGAAAUGCAGAACGUUUCAAUAAAAGCAACACCUACCGCUACCAGGUGCAAGUAGUGGUUUUCCCUAUGGCAAUAAGGAUUUCUUUUCAGUUUAGUUUUAUACCAGAUUAGUACGUGGAGAGAAAUUAUUAGGUGUUCUGCUAGAUUAUUGUAUGAGAAUUCCGUUUCGCUUUGGAAAUUUUGCAUUGGUGAGGAGUUCAUAAAGGAGUAUUAUUAUUUAAAUGUAUACUUCUUGUGUGGUUGGCAGUACUUUAUCAAUGGUGGGACACCGCUAUUAUCUCAGCUCUGCAAAUGAUCGAUAAGAAAGUAUAGAAAAUCAGUUUAGUCGCCGCUCCCUUCAAAGGUUGUUACUCAUCAUCGUUUUGAUUGCUGCUAAGCUGUUGCCGGUCAUCAUAGGUUCUCGUAGUGGUUGCGGUUGCAGACCGAAUGCUUCUGUGGCCCCUUAUAUAUUACCACGUCGUUAGAAUGCUGUGGUGGCCACUCGUCUUCAGUAGAGAAAACUUGCUAUAUUACAUAUAGAACUGUGGCUCGGCUCUGAAGUGGCCGUUACUGAUCACAUAUGGAAUGCUAUGGUGGCCACUACCGAUCAUCACAUCUUGAAUACUGGAUCAAAAAGCGGCGCUGUCUGUGAAUUACUCUGUCUACGCUUCAUGUCUGGGGUGCUGGUCGCCGUCUUUGAGGAGGGAGUUGGAACAGCGCCUUGACCGUCUGCAAGUCCGAUUACGACCCGAAGAAUUCUGGCUGUCUGCAUUCUGUCAACAAAUGUAAAAAGGUGAAAACUCUAAUAAAGGUAAGGUUAAUGUAUCCUUCCAUAUUUAAGGGUAAGUAUACACUGUUACUUUCUGAUGUAUUUUCCAAAGAAAAGUAGAGCGAGAUGUAGCCUACUAAACAUAUUAGUAUGUGGAUCUUCUCUACUUUUACUAAAGUGAUUUUUUUUUUUCUUUUUUCCCCUCAAAGUUUGAAGCGUUACAGUAAUUUUACACUUUCACUUACAUUUCAACUGUUCAUUCAUCAUAUGCUUUCACCCAAAUUCACCAAUUCCAGGUUCCCCCUUUUGGCUUGAUUGUUGUGGCUGUGGGUCGAGCGAGCCAGACACUUUCCUUGGCAGUAGAAUGUAUCGGGGUUACAAGCGGCAGCAUCUGUAGGCCUUGGACGGGACAAGACGAAGCACCAGUAGACAUAGCAGACUCGGCAGAAGGGGUCAAGAGGCGCGAAAGUUAAUGUUUCACAUCGGCAGGCAAACAGUUUACGGAAAGGAUAGGUGACGAGGGAUUAGCUUACCCAAAAUGAUGUAGGCUUGCAAUUCUCACUAAAGUGCGUAUUUAUAUAUAUUUCAAGAAAAUGUGAACACCGGAACGUCGUAAGUCUUCUCAGCUAAACGUUGAAUAUCUUCAGCUAAACGUUGAAUAUCUUCACUAAGAUGAACACUUGAACACGAUUUGAGUAUUGGAGUGUUUAAUGGUAUUUUAUUUGCAGUCUGCCUACAAGUGUGUUCAAGUGAAAGAAAAUUUCAAUAUUGAAACAUUGAACACGGUCGUGUUUUGGAAGAGCCAUUUUUAUGUGGCGAAAUUCUACAUCAGAUUGGCAAAAUAUAUUUUCUUUGGAUAAUUACUUGCUUACCGUGGAAACGUGCAUGAGGCUGUGGCACUCUUGAUUGAUCACUUUGGCAGCAUUAGCUGGCAAGGUUGGUGUUCAGCAGUCUACAUGCACAUAUCAAAUAGGAGAACCCCAUAGCCUGUUCCAGAGUCUACCUCGGGAUUUUAAGAGUAAUGAAUGCUACGUGGACCUCCGGCUUCAGACCUUCGUUAGUAACAAGACCGUCCCAUCGCCACAGGGUUGGAUAAUUUUAAUCUACAUUCACUGCCCAGCUCAACUUUGGAAUUCCCAAGUUCAUUUCUUCGAAUACUUCACGUUGCAGAUACUACUUCUAUCUGCAUUACCCCCUGUAGGAACCUGCACCUAUUAUCACCAUGUUCUUCAUAUCUACAUGCAUCAGCAUACUUCAUCUACAUUGACGUACUCCACAAUCAGCACCGGUCAUAUAACCUGCACAACCUUCAUUAACAUCUUUGUUUCCCUGUCAGCUCUACCAAAUCUGAAAAAAUACAAUAAAAAGAUACACAA